AGAAGCCCAUCUAACAUGGUGCUAGAAGAAGCUCACCACGGCACUUUUAACCCCACGGGGUCCACCGGCAGGGUGAGGCCCCACCCGCAGCCUCCUCUCUUCUCUCUCUUCCCGACCGACGAACGGCCCGGAUCCGUCGUCUUCCCCAUCGCACCGGCCCGGGCCGCGUCGCCUUCUCCAGCGUCCGAUCUCGCAUUCCCCACCCCUCCUCGCAGCGCCAACCACCGUCUCCUCCUCCCCCCUCCCUUCUCUCCCCUCCGCUCCUCCCCCCGCGCGCGCGCGUUUUUUAUAAGGGUUUCGGGGCGCGGGAUGGCCGACGACGACAGCGGGAGCCCCCGGGGCGGCGGCGGGGUCAGGGAGCAGGACCGCUUCCUCCCCAUCGCCAACAUCAGCCGCAUCAUGAAGAAGGCCGUGCCGGCCAACGGCAAGAUCGCCAAGGACGCCAAGGAGACCCUCCAGGAGUGCGUCUCCGAGUUCAUCUCCUUCGUCACCAGCGAGGCCAGCGACAAGUGCCAGAAGGAGAAGCGCAAGACCAUCAACGGGGACGAUCUGCUCUGGGCCAUGGCCACGCUCGGAUUCGAGGAGUACGUAGACCCCCUCAAGAUCUACCUGCAAAAGUACAGAGAUAUGGAGGGUGAUAGUAAAUUGACCUCAAAAUCUGGUGAAGGAUCCGUGAAGAAAGAUAUAAUUGGUGCUCAUAGUGGUGCGACUAGCUCAAACGCCCAAGCGAUGGUUCAGCAUGGAGCUUACGCCCAAGGGAUGGGUUAUAUGCAACCCCAGUACCAUAAUGGGGACACCUGAAACUGAAGAUCAGGCAAUUUUCGGCAAUGGGUAUUGCUCCAUGAGUGGUUAUCUAUCUGUUAAGGAAGCCGCCCCAACAUUAGGUUCAUGAUGAUCAUUGGCUGGAAACUAAAGCACCUGGAAGGGUGCUUAACAGUUGGUUGUGAUGGCUGCCUCCAAGAUGUAAAUUGCUUCCGAGAGAAUAGAUUCACCUAUUAUGGUUUAGUGCUUGUUUUUAUCUGUACAUUCAGAAUAAUUCAGCCGUUGGUAGUUUGGCAAUCUUUUGUUUCAGAUAUUUGUAUUAGGAAGCAUAAAUAUAUUACAACUGGGUAUUAACUUAUAGUUGUGCGGUGUUUCUUGCGCCCGCUCCGGGGUGUAAGGCUCGCCAAACAGACAUCGACUUGUGAUGCAACAUGCAAGCCAACUGAGUUGUAAA